CUUUUAUAUCCAUCCCCCGGCUUUCGUCUUUCUCGCCUGCCCGCUUGAUCGUGUGCUAUCCAAUCUCUGGCUCCUUGAACCAAAGUGGUCCUCGGCUACCCCUCCACUGCGUCAUCUGCGACUCAGAGUUGCUCACUGCCCCACUUGCUCUCAUUUCCUCACAACCUCGAACGAGCCUACCACUCCCUCUCGUGGUCUGGUUCGCUCCACCGCCGCCAGAAUCCAGCACACCUCGCCCUUGACCAGUGGGCAGCACUUGAACCAGCAGUGGGCAUCCGGCGGCCGCUGAGUUGCCUGAGAUAGGCAUUACGCCCUUGUCCAUCCUGCCCCCUGUUCCCCCCUGCUUGUCGCAAACCACACGGCCCUGCAAUCCGUCAGGUCUGAGGCCCACGGUUUCACGGACCACGUCGGUGACAGGCCACCCUACCUACCCAAAAGAGGGUCCUUCCGUCUCCUUCUAAGCACCAAACGACCUCCAGUUGAGUGGUCCCUAGGGUCUCAAUACCCGCACCCAAACAACGUCCCUCCCCCACAUCCUCAAACCUCGCCGCAAAUAUCCAUGUCUCUUCCUGCUCCUCACCAAGCUAUUGUUGAUGCUCUGAUCAAGGACUUGAAACAAGCCAAACCCGACGACCCUCUCCAGUACUGUGCCAACUACUUCAGUCGCCAGCUCGAACUCGAGCGGUCCUUACACAGAGCAGGAAGUCCCUCCCCGACCGCAAACGGCAAGAUGGCAGACACCGCUGGCCCUUUCGACAAACGCAGCCCCUUCGCAGCCAAGAACAGCAUACAAGAGGAGGAUGAAGAACGCGACACCUUUGGCUCCCCUACUGAUGCUACCUUCAAAGCUCGUGAUUCUGGUCGGUCCCCUUUCGGCGGCUCUGGCUUUGGCGCCGCCGCUGGAGGCGCAGCCGGCGGCGGCUUGUUUGGCAACUGGCUGGGCAAUCAAGCGUCAGAAGAGACGGAACCACAAGCUCAGUCGUUGCCCAACAACUAUGCUGCAGGACGCAGAACUUCGGUGUCGGCUGAAUCCAUGCAACCGGACUCGGAUUCAGGCAGUUGGAAGCCGCCCAAACACCCCAAGACGCCCGAGCAGUACGAGAGGCUCCGGCAUGCGGUGGCCGGCAACUUUUUGUUCUCCAGCCUCGAUGAAGAAUCUUUCAAUCUAGUGCUGGACGCGUUGGUGGAGAAGACCAUUCCCGCCCCCAAUAUUAAAGUCAUUACCCAAGGUGAUGAAGGUGACUACUUCUACGUCAUCGAAUCUGGAGAUUUUGACAUCUACAUCAACCCCAGCGGAGCGGUCGAAGCGGGGCCAGACGGCAUGGGGAACAAGGUGGCGACCAUUGGACCUGGUGGCAGCUUCGGUGAACUGGCGUUGAUGUACAAUGCUCCUCGAGCUGCGACCGUGGUGAGCUCGUCCAAAGGAGGCUUACUCUGGGCGUUGGAUCGUGUCACGUUCCGGCGAAUUCUCAUGAACAAUGCCUUCCAGAAGCGAGAAAUGUACGAAGGGUUCCUGGGUGAGGUGCCUUUGCUCUCAUCCCUCAAACCUUAUGAGAGGUCCAAGAUCGCCGAUGCCUUGGAGACGGUCAAAUAUGAGCCAGGUCAGAACAUCAUCACCGAGGGAGAGCCCGGCGACGCCUUCUAUCUUCUGGAGUCUGGACAUGCUGUGGCUUACAGGCACGGGGUGGACCAUCCAGUCAGAGAGUACGGUCGUGGUGGUUUCUUUGGCGAGCUGGCCUUGUUGGAUGACAAGCCUCGUGCCGCCAGCGUGGUAGCAAAGGACAAUGUCACGGUGGCUAAACUCGGAAGAGACGGGUUCAAACGGCUUCUCGGGCCUGUGGAGAGUAUCAUGAGACGUGAGGAGUAUGAGAACGCUGAGGAGAUGGAUCCCUUGACCCAAGAGAAGACGGUGACAUAGUUGUGGGUGUCGGUCGAGGGGCUCUCGACUAGGUCGUGGACCGGUGGAUCGCAGGACUGGGGGGGACUGGACCGUGGCGAAAUCCAGAUAUCAAAUACCAAGCAAACGACGCUGCAGAGAACUCACAAAAUGAGUUGGGUUCAAACGGAGGCGGAUCGGGAACCGCGAGGCUUCUGGGUCAGGGUCGAUUGAGGCUGCAGCGAUGCACUCGGAGGCAAGCGCAGGCUUGAAUGAAAUAACGGAAUACCAAGGGCGGCCAUUAGCUAAUGAAAAUGAAUUUUCUACAUGCAUUCUG